AUGAUCUUGACGAACUUCCUGAAAGAUCCCAACUCGGAGCGAAACCGGAAGGUGAACACUUCUGGAGCUCGGUUUAGCGAGAUUUUUCGAAACAACAGCGCAGCUGGUGAGCUUCUUAAGCUGGCGGGCUUUCAGUAUCAACAUCCAAACUUUGUCUAUGGGAAUGAGAACGGGAUCAAUACCGAUGGAGCUCAACGCACCCUGGACUUGGUCCAAGAAGCACAAAGGAACAUUGACCAAACCUGGUCAAACCGUGCUGCUGCCAGCAGUUCUCCUGCCACACCUGCCACGGCAAGUGCUGCCACAGUGAACCCUGUCACACCAGCUGCGGCUUCUACCGCCGCUUCUGCCUCGAACCCUGAAGCUGCCCGACCCUGGGCCCGCACCCAGCCGCCUCCCGGUGCGCCUGCCGCGUGGGUGAGCAUGACACGAGACAUCAAUGAGGAUCCCCCCACCGCGCCGCUCGCCGCGGCGACUCCGGCACACCCGGCAGAGACGCUGCCGCCAGCGAUCGCGCAUCCGGCGGAGUCGGAAGCACGCCCGGCGGCGCCACAGGUGGCACCGCAGCCGCAGGUUCAGGCGCCACAGCCGAGCCAGCCUCAGAUGCACCUGCCAAUUGCACACCCAGCUGAGGCAGCCCCAGCUGGAAGCCCAGAUCACAGAUGGAAAGUUGAGAGAUAUUGUCAGAAGAUCCAAGAAAUUAGGCAUCAGGUUUGGCAACAAUUGCUGUAUAUAUGCAGUUUGUUUUUUUUGCAGGAUGUUGCAGCUUUCACAAAGCUGCUUUUGGUUUUUACUGCAGGCAGAGCCCAGGAAACUGUACUUGUAUUGAUUCAUCAUCGCAGCCCCUCAAGGACGUCACAUUUAUGCAGAGGAUGA